UAAUUACAUUUGUUGUUGUCGGGCUGGCGAGUUGUGUGUGGCGGUGAUUUUGCGUAACGUUGAAUUGGAAUUUUCUGUGAAGCGUCGUCUUUAAACGCUUGGACAUGGUGUUGACGAAGGAAUAUCGCGUCUGCAUGCCGCUAACCGUGGAGGAGUACAAGAUUGGUCAGCUCUAUAUGAUAGCACGCCAUAGUCUGGAGCAAUCCGAGGAGGGUGAAGGUGUCGAGGUGGUGGAGAACAGACCCUGCGAAGAUGCCGUCCACGGCAAGGGCCAGUACACAGAGAAACACAUCCACUUGUCCAGUCGACUGCCUUACUGGGUGCAAGCAAUCUGCCCGCGCGUUUUCUAUGUGAUAGAGAAGUCCUGGAACUACUAUCCAUACACGCUAACAGAAUAUACGUGCUCCUUCAUACCCAAGUUGCAUGUCCUGAUCAAGACCAAGUAUGAGGACAACAGUGGCACCACAGAAAACUGUCUGGAUCUUACUGAGGAGGAGCUGAAGGUGCGCUCUGUGGAGCAUCUGGACAUCGCUUUCGAUGAAUUCAGCGCCAAACACUACAAGCGCGAGGAAGAUCCCAAGUUUUUCAAAUCUAAAAAAACAAGUCGCGGGCCGCUGGUUGAGGGAUGGCGGGAGACGGACAAGCCCAUCAUGUGCUCCUACAAGGUGGUCCAUGCCAGCUUCGAGGUCUGGGGCCUGCAGACAAAGGUUGAGGACUUUAUACAGCGGGGCAUACGCGACAUACUCCUGCUUGGACAUCGCCAGGCAUUUGCCUGGCUGGACGAAUGGCACGGCAUGACCCUGGAGAAUGUGCGUGACUAUGAGCGCCAGAAGCAAGCCGAGACCAACGAGAAGGUGCAGGCAGCUGGCGAUGCCACAACCCCCAAUGGUAGUGGCAGCAAUGGGCGUAAUACGCCCACAUAGGAUAUUAAUUAAGGGAAUGUCAAGAGAUUUCAGCUUUUGUGAAUGUUAUACCAAAAUUUAGUGUAGACAAACAAAACAGACGAGUGGCAGCGAGCGUGUACCUGUAUAAGAGACAUGCAUACAUACAUAUGUACCUACAAACAUAUGUGAAUAUAUAUUUACAUAUAUGUAUAUAUAUAUAUAUGCAUAAAUAUAUAUUAUCAUUGCAUUUCACUGGUCCAAAAAAGAGAAAAGAAGACGAGCACAAAACUCGAAAGUCCAAACCCAAAGACAACAUAAUCGAUUGUUAAUCACCUAGCGAGUUCAGCACUAGGCCAAGCAGAUGUUAGCCGCACCUACAAAUAUAUCUUAUACACAUACUGAGCACUAUAUUUGUGUCUAAUGAACGGUUUUUGUUAACUAUAUAUUCCCUAGUUUAGCUUUGAUCAAAGUGCGGUCCAUAUUUUGAUGUACAAAUGUAUGAAACAUUAAUAAAGAUGAUGUUACACGAACAACGAACACCGAU